CCCGUUCCGUCCCGCCCCGCCGGUGGUACCCCGCCCGCUGAGAAGAAGUGGCCGCCCGCCCGCCGCCAUGAAUGCCGGGGGCCCGUUCCGCGGGCCGCCCGCCUUCCCGCCGCCCCUGCGCUUCGGGCAGGCCGCCGUUUUCGGGCAGGCCGGUGCGGCCUCUGGCCUCCCCUUCACCACGGGGCCCUCUGCCUUCGGGCCGCCCAUCGGGCUAGGCCAGGCGCCGGCCUUCACGGCGGCGGGCAGCGGCAGUGCCCCGGCGGGCAACGCGGGGUUCAGCUUCAAGCCGCCCACCAACCUGGGCAGCUUCCCGGGGCCGAGCGAGGCGCCGGGCGGCGGCGGGGCCUUCGCGGCGCCCGAGUUCCGCUUCAAGGCGCCCGAGAGCGCCGCCGCCUUCAAGCCGCUGACGAGCAGCGAGGCGGAGAAGGGCCCCGCUGCUGCCUUCACUUUCUCGCCGCCCUUCGGCUUCGCGCCCGAGGCGAGCCCGGAGGUGACGGCGGGGGGACCCUUCUCCUUCUCGCGUCCCGCCGCCGCGCUGGGCCGGCAGGAGGAGAAAGGCCCGCGGCCGCUCUUUGAGGAGCCGGGCGAGCCGGCGUCCAAAGGCCUGAAGCGGAAGGAGGAGCGGGAGCGCUCUCCCCGGCGGGCAGCGGCGGCGAGCGGACGGGCGGCGGCGGCACCGCCGGAGAAGCGGGCGGUGGUGCUGAGCCGGCCCCGCGGCGGAGCGCUCUUCGGCCGCAUGCUGAAGGAGAUGCUGCGCAGCCAGGGCCGCGGCCAGCGCGACCGCGGGGAAGCCGCCGAGGGCGAGCGGGGACCCACAGAAGAUACGCCGCCGGUCGAGGCCCGGGACCCCCCUCGGGAAGAUUCCGCCGCCGUGACCCCUGCCCGCCGGGGUCGGGGCAGCGAGAGCAUGGAGGGUCUGGGGGGCCUGUCGCCCAGCGACCUGACCGCCAUCCAGUGCAAGAACGUCCCCGAUUACCUCAACGACAGGACGGUGCUGGAGAAGCACUUCGGCCAGUUCGCGAAAGUCCGGCGGGUCAUGACCAGGCGCAGUAAGAAAAUGGCCAUUAUCCACUUCUUUGAUCAUGCCUCUGCAGCUCUUGCCAGAAAAAAAGCGAAAGAGUUGCACAAAGAUAUAGUAACAUUUUGGCAAAAGAAGAAAACAAGUCCAGCAAAAAGAGAGUUUUCAUCCAAGGAGAAGAAAGCAGGUGAAGAUGAAGGAAGGCAAAGCAGUGAAGAGCAAACCUAUCAGCAUUCCCCUCUUCGAAAACCUUUAAUAAGAUCUUCUGGCAGCGGUGUGAUACCUGGUAGAAGUUCUCCAGCAAAGAAGUCUGGUCUUCGAAAGGCACUGCAGUUUGAAGCAGAAAUGUUUGAUUCUACUUCUGAAGGGCAGAGCUCAGAGGCCUUGGGAGCUUCUCUGUCGUCUCUUAGUAACCUGGUAGGAUUAGUGGCUGAGACAUCUGAAGAGAGAUACCGUCUUUUGGACCAAAGGGACAAAAUCAUGCGACAAGCCCGAAUCAAAAGGACUGAUCUUGGCAAAGCAAAAACUGUUAUUGGUACUUGCCCAGACAUGUGUCCUGAAAAGGAGCGCUACAUGAGGGAGACAAGAAACCAGCUCAGCAUCUUCGAGUUGCUUCUAGGAUCUGACAAGGUAGAUCAUGCAGCAGCAAUCAAGGAAUAUAGCAGGUCUUCAGCAGAUCAGGAGGAGCCUUUGCCCCAUGAACUGAGACCCUCUGAGGUGUUGAGCAUGACCAUGGACUAUUUAGUGACAAACAUUAUGGAUCAAGGAGAAGGAAACUACCGAGAAUGGUAUGACUUUGUCUGGAACAGAACUCGUGGAAUAAGAAAGGAUAUCACCCAGCAACAUCUCUGCAACCCGCUGAUGGUGUCUCUGAUUGAGAAGUGCACUCGCUUUCACAUCCAUUGUGCUCACCACUUGUGUGAAGAGCCCAUGUCCUCCUUUGAUGCCAAAAUCAACAAUGAGAACAUGACUAAAUGCCUGCAGAGCUUGAAGGAGAUGUAUCAGGACCUGGCUAACAAGGGGGUUUACUGCAAGAGUGAAGCAGAGUUCAGAGGCUAUAAUGUCUUGUUGAAUCUCAACAAGGGGGAUAUUCUCAGAGAAGUACAGCAGUUUCAUCCAGAGGUUAGAAACUCUCCUGAAGUUAGAUUUGCUGUUCAAGCUUUUGCUGCAUUGAAUAGCAACAACUUUGUGAGGUUCUUCAAGUUAGUGCAAGCAGCUUCCUAUCUGAAUGCCUGUCUCUUACACUGUUACUUCAACCAGAUCCGUAAAGAUGCUCUCAAAUCUCUCAACAUUGCCUACACUGUGAGCACCCAAAGAUGUACAGUGUUUCCCUUGGAUCACUUGGUCCGCAUGCUCCUGUUCAAAGACUGUGAAGAAGCAACUGAUUUUAUAAGUUACUAUGGCCUGAGUGUAUCUGAUGGGGCUUACGUGGAGCUGAAUCGCUCAGCUUUCUUGGAGCCAGAUGGAUUACCCAAACCACGGAAAUCCAUGUUUGUCAGCCAGAAGCUAACUGUCUUGGUUGGGGAAGUUGUAAAUGGUGGCCCAUUGCCUGUGGUACCUCACCAUGUGCCUGUGUCCAGCUUCAAUGGACAGAACAAGUACAUUGGUGGAAGCACCUCUGUGGAUCAAGCUAGUACUAGCCAAAAAUGCAGUGUUGAAGCAACAGAAGGAAGAAUGGAAAGCAAAGGUGUGGAUUUAGAUGUUGCAGCAGUAAGAGUCCAGCCUCCAGCUCAUCUUCUGCCCUCGCUGUUACCUCGUCAGCUUGUGCCAGUGCUGCCUCCUCCACAGACCAUCUCCCAACCUCCUGGACAACCUGAGCCUCUCUCUUCAAAGCCUCAGCCUGCCUACACAGACACAGACAUCGCAGAAGUGGUGGAUGUGCUGUUGCAGGAGGUCCUCAAUGGAGAGUGCAGUGAAGUCAGCAGAGCAGGAGUGGCUUAUGUGACUGCUGCCAUCUGCACCUCGGAGGCUGCUGUAGAGGAGCUCGUGACUGAAGUGACGGGGGAGAUCCUCAGACAAGUGGCUGGAAGCGUGCUUAAUGCAGAAAGGGAGCGUGUCAAAGAGGAAAGGCGCAGAGUAGAGGAAGAGAGGUGA